AUGAUGAAAUCAAGAAGCUUUUGGUUAUCUCUCGUAUUGCUUGGGGUUUUCCCGUCGGUCACGAGGGGAUGGAUGGACGUGGACAGGAGCAGAAGGCUGUAUUCGGACGCAGGGAGGUUGCAUCAAGAGGACUCCAGAAGGUUUGAAGUUACAAGAAGAAAAGUGCUUUAUGGGCAGGAUGGCCUGCAUGCAUCGUGUGAGAAGAAGUACUGCGGCCGGGGGAGCAAGUGUGUCGUGAACAAGGACACCAACCAGCCCGAGUGCAGAUGCGUAGAAGAUUGCAAGCCCAGCUACAUGCCCGUGUGUGGAUCUGAUGGCAAAUUUUAUGAAAAUCACUGUCAACUGCAUCGAGCCUCCUGUCUGCAGAGGAAGAAAAUCUACAUUAUCCAUAGCAAGGACUGUUUCUUCAAAGGUGACACGUGUACAAUGGCAGACUACAGCCGGCUCAAAAGCAUCCUCCUGGACCUGCAGGCUCAUCGGCAGAGCCCGCUGAGCAGCCUGGCCAAGGACAGAGUAUCCCAGAAGCGCUUCUUAGUUGAAGAUAUGUUUAAGCACUUGGAUAUAAACAGUGACGGGCAUCUCAGCAGCUCUGAACUGGCUCAGCUAAUGAAGAAGGAGGACCUGGAAGAUGAUUUAUUGGAUUGUACACUAGAAGACCUUCUCCGGUUUGAUGAUUACAACAAUGACGGCCGCUUAACCCUGCAGGAGCUCUAUACAGCCUUCCAGGUGGUUCGGCUGAGCCUGCCGGAGGACCAGAAGAUCAGCGUCACCACCAUCACCGUUGGCCUGAGCACUGUUCUGACGUGCAGCAUCCACGGGGCGCUGCGGCCUCCCAUCAUCUGGAAGCGCAAUGGCAUCAUCCUCAACUUCCUCGACUUGGAGGACAUCAACGAUUUUGGAGAAGACGAUUCCCUCUACAUCACCAAGGUAACAACUAUUCACAUGGGCAAUUACACCUGUCAUGCCUACGGCUAUGAAGAGCUGUAUCAGACCCACAUCCUUCAGGUGAAUGUGCCGCCAGUGAUUCGCGUCUACCCUGAAACGCAGGCGCAGGAGCCUGGCGUGUCGGCAAGCCUCAAAUGUCACGCCGAAGGCAUCCCUAAUCCCCGAAUUACCUGGCUAAAGAACGGCAUUGAUAUCAUGCCAAUACUAUCCAAACAACUAACGCUCCUAGCAAACGGAAGUGAACUUCAUAUCAGUAGCGUUCGAUAUGAAGACACUGGUGCCUAUACCUGCAUUGCUAAAAAUGAGGUGGGAGUGGAUGAGGACAUAUCUUCGCUUUUCAUAGAAGAUUCGGCAAGAAAGACCCUUGCAAACAUACUGUGGCGAGAGGAAGGCCUGAGUGUUGGGAAUAUGUUCUAUGUCUUUUCUGAUGAUGGGAUCACAGUCCUUCAGCCAAACGAAUGUGAAAUCCGGAGACACAUCAGGCCCGAAGAGAGGAUUUUCACAAGUUAUGAAGAGAUCUGUCCCAGAGUGGAAGGUGAAGGCACUCAGUCCUGCCUCUGGGCUUCAGCGGUCAACGUCAGAGACAAGUACAUUUAUGUGACGCAGCCUAAGCAGAAUAGAGUAAUGAUAAUUGAUAUCCAGACUCAGAAAGCCAUACAGUCCUUGGAUGUUGACCCAUUGCCAACCAAAUUACAUUAUGACAAGUCCCACGACCAAGUCUGGGUGCUUAGCUGGAGUGACAUGCAGAAGUCCUCACCAACGCUGCAGGUAAUACCAGAGGCAAGUGCAGGGGAGGACCAGCAUGUUAUCCGCACACCGUUUGAAGGAGUGGAUGAUUUUUUUAUACCACCUACAAAUCUUAUUAUUAAUCACGUUAGGUUUGGCUUCAUCUUUAACAAAUCCAAAUCCGCAGUUCACAAAAUUGACCUGGAAACUGUGACCCACAUCAAGACUAUCAACUUCAAAAACUAUAGCUGUGUACCGCAGACCAUGGCUUAUACCCACCUGGGUGGUUACUUCUUUGUCCAGUGUAGGAGGAAUGGGUCGGUGGCUGCAUCGCCGCAGCUCAUUAUUGACAGUGUUACCGAUGCCGUCAUCGGCCCCAACAGCGACGUGUCGGGCACACCUUAUAUCUCACCGGACGGACGCUACUUGGUCAGUGCGGAUGAAGACAGUGGCAGGAUCAAAGUCCAGGCUCUAUCUGUCCGAGGGGAAAUCAAGUUGAUUUAUGACUUACAAACAAACAUACACGUAUCUGAUCUGACAUUUCAACCCUCUUUCACUGAAGGCAAUCAGUACUAUAUAUAUGCUACAUCACAUUUGCAAACAGAUGUGCUUUUUGUAGAGCUGUCAACGGGGAAAAUGAAUGUACUGAAGAAUUUAAAGGACCCUAUCACAUCCAAAGACUGGCCCUGGAGCAGCUACAACAGAAUUAUGAAAGACAGUGGAUUAUUUGGACAGUAUCUCAUUACACCAGCUAAAGAUUCAUUGUUCGUUAUAAAUGGGAGGCAAAAUACAUUACGCUGUGAGGUUUCAGGUAUAAGGAGGGGUAACAUAGUGGUCUGGGUUGGAGAGGUAUGAAAGGGCAAUAGCAGUCGAGCCUUCGGCAGGCAAGUACCGGUUGGACCUUUACACUGCAACAAAUGAGCAGUAGCAUUGUAUAUUUUUACACUGGGAAAAAAAAA